AUGUCGCGCCUUACAGUGACGAAUGGCGACGCUAGGCCUAUCGAACAAACUUCUGGCCCAAUCCGAUCUUCGAGUCCUAAAGGCCCUCGCGCGUCAUCUGUUCCGCUCGUUCCUUCCGAGUUAACUGUCGGUGUCGUCUAUUCAACCGAAAUGACCAGCCACUUUUCACUUCAGGACCAUCCAGAGCAGCCUGCUCGUAUUGCUCAUAUCUGGAAUACCCUCAUUGCUAAUAAAUGCAACGCAAAGAUGAAAUGGCUCCCCAUUCGUCCAGUUCAUAAGCAAGAAGCUCUGCUAGUUCAUAGCGAGGAUCAUUGGGACAAAGUACAGGCCAUUCAAUAUAUGACCCCCCAACAGAUCAUUGACUCGGAGGCUUAUUACGAAACGCUUUCUUUAUAUGUCAUGCAAGGAACUACAAGAUCUGCUCUUCUCAGCUGUGGUGGUGUCAUAGAAGCAUGCCUGGCAGUGGCCACUCCAGAUUCGUCAUUGAAAAAGGCCCUCGCGAUAGUUCGACCCCCAGGUCACCAUGCUGAACCAAACGAGCAUAUGGGCUUCUGUUUCUUCAACAAUGUAUCUGUUGCCGCCCGUGUUGUACAGGAACGCUUGAAAUUAAAGCGAAUACUCAUAUUAGAUUGGGAUGUUCACCAUGCAGGCAAUGGAACUCAAAAGGCCUUCAACAAUGACCCUAGUGUUCUAUACAUAUCAUUACACCGCUAUGAAGAUGGUCGAUUCUACCCAUGCAGUACGUUUGGUGGCAUGCAGUCAUGUGGAGAGGGAGCAGGACUCGGAUUCUCUGUGAAUAUACCUUGGCCUGAGAAAGGGAUGAAAGAUGCCGACUACAUACACGCCUUCCAGAAGAUUGUGAUGCCAAUAGCCAUGGAAUUUGCGCCUCAACUUGUGAUCAUCUCCGCCGGAUUUGAUGCUGCAGAAGGCGACGAGUUGGGCGAGUGCCAUGUCAGCCCAGCUGGUUACGCACAUAUGACCCAUAUGUUGUCAGGGUUAGCAAGUGGAAAGGUUGUCGUCGCUCUAGAGGGAGGUUAUAACAUAAAUGCAAUUGCGAAAUCAGCACUCGCAGUGACGCAAGUCCUCCUGGGUGAAGCACCACCGGAACUGCCCCCUAUGACGGCGGGUGAGUCUGCGACAGAAACAGUAUGGCUCGUAGCCAAAGAGCAGAGUAAGUACUGGAAAAGUGUGAAUCCCAAAGCUUGUGAACCCCGAAAAGACGUUGAAUCCGCUACUUUCUCGAUACCCGAAAUAUUGAAGGCGCAUCGCCAACACUACCUAUUUACCAAUUAUGACAUGAUGCAGAUCCCUUUACUUUCUGACUACCUCGAUGGCCGGUUUUCAAAUCAAAUCAUGUGCACACCAGACUUAUUGGACAACAAGACCAUGGUCAUCUUCAUACACGAAUUUGGAAACCUACGGACGGAGCUGGAGUCAUCCGCAACAUGCAACCUAGAAUUGGAACGAUCGUACUUGGUCGAUUUUUCGAAAGACUUCAUAGCGUGGGUCAAAAAGCAAAGAUAUUCUUUGCUCGAUAUCAAUCAGUUCCCAAAGCCCUUUGCGGCGCCUACUAGACGCUCGCAAGCACCAAAGGACCCCACAAAAGAGGUGUUGGUGUAUCUGUGGGAUAACUAUGUCCAACUUUCGAACGCAGAGAGAGUCGUCCUGGUCGGACAUGGACCUGGUUGCCAAUCAAUGAUAGAUCUCGUUGAUCACAGAUGGAUGUUAGGAAACAAACUGAUAAAGGCUAUCGUACAAGUUGUGGGGAAUUCCAAAGUUCCAACGGUUCCGAAGUCUGAAGAAUUCAAAGCAUGGUAUUCAAAGCACUCUCUCGUAGCCGUUCCUUCAAGUCACCCUGUAUAUGGUAACACCUCUCAAGGAAAAAAGGAUGUGCGUCGACAUGGCAAUGUCAUAGCCCUUGAUGAAACACAGCCCAUAAAGCUGAUCAUGGAAGCUCUUCCGGCUAUUCAGGAUUAUGUUCAGAAGGAAUUAGCUCGGUAUCCACUUAAAAAUGCAACCGCUCGGACGAAUAAUGUUGUGCAAUAG